UGUUUGAGACGCAACAAUCAGAAAACUACCGCCACUGCACGUCGAAAGCGUCGCGCGAGGAGUAUUAUUGUUAACAUCUGGACAAAGUGGGACUGGGACACGCGCUCACUGCUAAAGUAACCGUUUAAAAAGUUUCUGGAAGCUUCUCUUUCACCCCCUUUUUUCGUCUUUUGCUCCCGGGAAAGAGUCGAAGGGAGGAAGGAAGGAUGGGAAUAAGUUACAUUUGAAGCGAGGGAGUUGUCAUGUUUGAAAGCUGAUGAUGAGACAUUGCUUUGAGGGCUGAGGGAAGGGAGGAACUACUUCUUCUGCGGCUGUGUGUGUCCCAAAAACACGACUGUCUCAUGUCCAAGGAGACUGUCCUUACUCCGGAUGGGCCGGGAGGGCCAGGAAAGAGCCCUCAGCAAGAGACAAGUCCCCUGCUGUCAGCUUCACAAGAUGCUUGUGACAGUGAAUCGUCAGGAAGAAAACCACCUCCGAGGAAACUGGACACUGAAGGACAAACUCACGUGACCGCGGAGAAGCCUAAUCAUGGCGAGCCUGUAAGAACUCAACCCCGGUCUCAACCGGAGCCUGCCGAGGGAGAUGCUCGCAAGGACCAAAAUGGCUUUCACCACAACAGCACUGGCACGCCCACGUUGAGCAACGGCCUACACCCAGGGGCCGCACGCACAUGCUCCUGCGGUGCCAACAUCCCCACUGGUGCCACGGGUGGGUCUGGCCCCGGCACGAGAGAGGCGCCGACCACGGAGCAACCCAGGAAGCAGCCGUCGACGCCGGUGUCGCAGAGGAUGCAGAGGAAACUGAGGUCCAGCCUGUCGGUGAACAGCGACAGCAGCCGGCGCAGUAAAGGCAGCUCCACGGGCUCACAGAAACCUCCUUUACCCGAGGACUGCUGCGUCCACUGCAUCUUGGCUUGCCUGUUCUGCGAGUUCCUGACUCUUUGCAACAUGGUGGUGACGCAGGCCUCGUGCGGCGCCUGCACAUCGGAGGCCUGCUGCUGCUGCUGCUGCGCCGACGACCUGGGCGACGACUGCAACUGCCCCUGCGACAUGGACUGCGGCAUCAUGGACGCCUGCUGCGAGUCCUCAGAUUGCCUGGAAAUCUGUAUGGAGUGCUGCGGCAUCUGCUUCCCCACAUAAGGGGGGGGGGGGGGGGCUGUGUCUCAGCGGGGGGCAUAACUGGACCCUUGGUGGUGGAAUGGAAGGAAACUGCUGCUGCUGUCACUUUGAAUUCAGCAGCAGACAGAGGGAAUGUGUGUGCGCGAUAAAUAUGUUUGUGAACGUCCUUUUUUUAUGUGAGUGUGGUAUGGUGUGACUGAGUGAGCAUGCUUUGAAAGAUGUAUUUUGACACUGGGCUUCUUCAUCAAAACCAGCUCAGCGAGAGCCAGAAGUAACUCCAGAUAUAUGAGCAAUAGGCCUUCUGUGUGUUAAGUAUUCUAUCCUUUGCGUAAAAAGUAUUAUCAGAGUGCCUUAAUGAUUUCAUUCAGGAAUGCUGUCUCUUAUCUUUUCAGUCGUUUUGAUGAACAAAGUGUGCACAAACUAAACAACAUGAUUUAUUUACUCAGAUUUCAUUUAAAAUACAUGUGUUGCUGUUAAUUCCGCUCCAAAACUGAGGUGGCGGUCUUUGUGCUGUACAACACUGUAAAGGGUUUAUGUGACAGCUCAUACACUCAAACUGUAGUCUAGCAACACCGAAUUUCAUUUACAGUAAUCUACUGUAGCACUGUAGAGCAACCAAAACUGGUGAAAUAUCAAAGGGUAAUCAGGACAAAUGCUACUUUUAAAAUUAAAAAUGUGCCUGUUUUACAAUUUCUUUUACGUUUCUAUUUCAAACAUUUCUUUUAAAGAGGCCCUCUUAUGCUCUUUGGGGUUUUCCCUUUCCUGUAGUGUGUUGUUGUGCGUGUAAACGGUCUUCAAAGGCUAAAUUGGCUAGUGCUCAAACACAUUGCACAUGAAAGGCUAAGGGCCGAGAUAUCUCUUGAGUGGUUGACCAACACAACAGAGCUGGCCAGCUAACCAAUCAGAGCAGACUGGGAUCUGGUUUCAGACAGAGGGUGAAAAGAGGUGCUGCAGCACAGGCAGUAUGAGAAACAUAAAGAGCUUUUUGAACAUUAAAGCAUGGAGACAUGUCCCAGUAGAGACCCAAAAUACAAAUAUGAGCAUAAUAUGGCCCCUUAAUUGAAGUUGCCUUUUAUUACAUGAAAACAUGCUGACAGUUUGUUUGCAAAAUAAUGCUGGAAGGUCAAUGAAAACCUGUUUUACAAAAGAAUCUCAUCUCUCCUGAUUUAGCAGCAUUAAGCCUUGGAUUUACUGGAAAUACAGUCACAUCUUUAAUGAAAGUAAAUGCUUGCGGCUGCUCGCUGCAACGUAAAGAUAAACAAUGUAACGUCAGCCAACCACGAUUAGGCUUUGUCAGCUGCACAUGGUACAUGUAUUUCCUCUGAUGCUAUUUUACAUACAUCCUGUGUGAGUGUGACUUGUUGAACUGCACUCGAGGGGUGUGAUAUGGAAUUAAAAGAUGGUGACCCUGGUUGCCAUAUAAGCGGCUUUCGGGUAUCAAGCCCAAGUGACUCACAAUACAAAAAAGGAAUCAUGGACUGUCACGUUGAAAUGGUAAACUAAUGCAGGGUAAAGGCAGUUUUCUUCUCCUUUUUUCUUCCUGUUGCUUGAUUCUGUGUAUCUGCAGAUGAGUUAGUAGUGAAUCACCAGUGGAGUCAUUUUCUUGUCCUGCAGAUCCGCUUUGAUGUUGUUUAAGUGAUCGUACUUAAUGCUGGCCUUCAUUAGCAUCGCUUGCUUCAAGAAAUGGCCCUUCCUAACGCCAACAGAGAUAAUGUGCUGUCAUGUAGAGCUCGUAUUAAUGGCGCACUGUUAUUGUGUUUAGGUAUGGGAUCGGCACGUCUGCAGCAGAUAAUGUGCAGAACCUCAUUUUCAUGUUUAUGAUUCACUCGCGUGUCAAGAAAACACUAUAGAUAAUGUGAAGACUUCAUCUAAAGAGAGGGAAAUGUAUACAUGUAGCCACAGUAGUUGUCCUCUUAUCCUUUACUGUUGUAUAUUAUUUUUUCCUUCUGUACCUGUUUCACUUUUAUUUCUCCACUUAGCUCCUGUUUCUUAGUUUUGUACAUUAUCUUCUUUCUCAAAGACAACAGUUUUUACAAAAUAAAACAUUUCCCAAAAUUGAAA